UAAGUCGAUGAUUGUUUUCGAACGGCACGUGGUAACUUAGAAUCAUCAAAAUGACAAAAAUCAGAAAAGUAAAACGCAAAAAGAAGUUCCGUAUGAACGUAAACCGUAAAAGACUAAGAAAUAAGUUAAGGAAAUUACCAACUAUCGGCUGUCCUCAAAUAAAACAAUCAUGGGAAGUGACUAUGUCCACACGAACCAACUUGAAACAAAUGGGACUGGCAUAUGAUCCAAACCAAGUGUUAAAAAUUCCAAAUGCCAAAAGAGAGCUCAUUGAGGAUGUGAAACGUAAAAUUGUAGAUCCUGAAAGUAUAACAGAACAAGAGGAAGAUGUAGACAUGAUACCUGCCAAAAGUCAUGUAGUUGAAGAACUAGAAGCUGAGGCCAAAGCUCCAAGAAGAAAAAUGUUCAGACUGCCAAAGAGUCAAGUACAUUUCCUUACAAAUUUAAUAGAUAAAUAUGGAGAAGAUUUUAAGGCUAUGGCACGGGAUAAGAAGAAUUAUUACCAAUUGACAUGGAAACAGAUACGUGCAAAAAUUAAAAUGUUUAAGGGUAUCCCUGAGCAAUAUAAUGAAUAUCUCCAAAGCAAAAACACUGAGUAAUAA